AUGACUGAACCCGCCCAGUCAAAUGCUUUUAUUCAACAAACAGCACAGACAACUGACAUAACUGAAUUGUCAACUUUUUCCAAAAAACCAGACCUUACCGGUGGUCGUCACAUUAUGAAAGUGAAGAGCUUUGAGCCUUCAAAUAAACCAAUGAAAUUCUUUAAAGACGUAUAUGAGUUGCCGUGGGCCCAAAAUUCGCCAGACAGUAUGAAUGAAUCGGUGGGGCAAGCAUUAACCGAUGGAGGGCUUAACGAAGGCGAUGAAGGCAAGGAAAGUAAUGAAAUCGGAAGAGAGGGACUUGCUUGUAUGACUACAGAUCAACUAAACAACUAUGCACGUUUCAUUGAAUACUUCUUGGAACUAUACGCGUAUAUGUAUAUGUAA